AUGGCGGGCGGACAAGGAGGCCCUGGUGCGCAUACUGGCGGGGAGGACGGCGGCGCAGCGGUCGGCGAUCCGCCGCGCCUACGCCUUCCUCUUCCGGGAGCCGCUCCUCAACUCCUUCCGCCAGCGGCUCUCCCGCCAGUACUGCCCCGUCACCGUCGACUUCUGGGUACGGCAGCGCACGCACGCAUCUCACCGGUGAACUUCGAAAACCGCGACGCGUUUCGUUUCUCUGACGGCGUCGCUCGCUCGGCUCUCUUGUUUCCUCAGAAGGCGGUCAUCCUGUGGACGAUGGACCCGGCGGAGCGGGACGCGAACCUGGUGCACGGCGCGCUGCGGCGGCGAGGGGACGGCGAUCACCUCGCCGUGCUGGUGGAGGUCGCGUGCGCGUCCGACCCCGACCACCUCGUGGCCGUCCGGCGCGCCUACCGCUCCCUCUUCGGCUGCUCCGUCGAGGAGGACCUCGCGUCCUGCGCCGCGCUCCAGCAGCCGCUGAGGAAGAUGCUGGUGAGCCUCGUGAGCUCCUACCGCUACGGCGGUGACCGCGUCGACGCGGACGUGGCGAGGCUGGAGGCGUCGCAGCUCUCGGAGGCCGUCCGGAAGAAGCAGCCGCACCACGACGAGGUGGUGCGGAUCCUCAGCACCCGGAGCAAGCCCCAGCUCCGGGCGACGCUCCGGCGGUACAGGGAGGACCACGGCACCGACAUCGUCGAGGACAUCGACAGCCGCUGCAGCAGCCAGUUCGCCAGGACGCUCAGGAGCGCCGUCUGGUGCCUGACCUCGCCGGAAAAGCACUUCGCGGAGAUGAUCAGGGAGUCGGUGGUGGGGCUGGGGACGUACGAGGACAUGCUGACGAGGGUGGUGGUGUCGCGGGCGGAGAUCGACAUGAAGCAGAUCAAGGAGGAGUACAGGGCCAGGUUCAAGACCACCGUGACCUGCGACGUCGUCGACGACACCUCCUUCGGCUACAAGGACAUCCUGCUGGCCCUGGUUGGCUGCGAGGAAGAGUGA